UUUAACUAAAAAAAACUAAGAACCGGUUAUUAAAUAAUAGAUUUAAAAACUGGUUCUUAGCUUUUUUAGUUAAAAAUUAAGAGACGGGUUCUUAUAUUCCGCUAAGAACCCUCAUCCUAAGAACUCCCCAUUAAUCAUGGUCGACUUUUAUGCUUAAUUAUUUACUCUUUCUUCCAUUGACGUAUGGAUUUAUACAUGGAGAUAUAGGGUGUGGUAACUGGUAACGCCAUCUACGUAAGUUCAAUAUUAGCAGCAAAUCGUAGAGGUCUCCUCCCAUCAGUCGCUAACGUACUUCUCCAUUAUUUAUGUUCUGACAGAACACUUACUAAUUUACGUGAGUUAUACUCGUAUGGAAUUGAUAACAAGUCUCAAAGCAUAUGGAGCAGCAAAAUUAGUAAGAAACAAAAAAAAUGGAUCUCCAGAAAUCAUUGAAAAUCAUUUUAAGUUUCAAAACAGAAACUAUGCAGUUUUGAUGUGCAUAAUUGUUUGCAUGAUGACAUGUUCUUUGAUUGUUUUGGGCUGGAAUAUAAACCUAAUAUGUUAUUUUUUCUAUUUAGUUAUGUAAUUAUAUAUGUUUUUCUAUGUUUGAUUAGAUAGGAAUUAGAGCAUGAUUAACGCUAGCGGGAGGGGGGGAGCGUGGGUUCUUAAGUUUUUUUUUGUCCGAUUUAAAAAACAAAAAAAUUAAAAACUAACCAAUCGCGGAUCGCUACGUGUCAGUCGGUACCGCGAACAAUACAAAAAUUCUAUGAAACUCGCCUCUUGCAGAAGAGGAGGAAGAGUUGAGUUUUAAGAAAAAUAUGGGGCCCACCUCUUAAGAGUCCACUUAAGAGGUGGGGAUAAAAGUGCUCUUAUAUACUUGCAUUCAAUACAACACGGAAAAAAUUAAAAAGUUAGUUACUUUUUUUAGUUUGUCUUCGAAAAAAAAAUAAUUUUCACAAAACAUUUGUAUCCAGUUUGCUUCAUCUUAAUUUCUAGAUUAUUAAUGAUUAUGCUUUAUUUGAUAUCAUAGGGUAUGAAACUCAAGUAAAGUUCUGCUAGAAAUAUAAUAUUCUUUUAAUUUAUAACACUAUUAAUCUAUAAAAAUAUUUUCAAAUAGCAUGAGCUAAAUUUCCAACAAUUUUUUUAUAUAAAAAGUUCAACCAAUGCUAAAAUAAUCUACAAAAACAUAAUCAGUCAAACACUAGAAAUCAAAGAAUUUUUUUUGUUAUAAAUUGAAAAUCUAAUAUAAAAUGAAACACACAUAUAUUAUAAAAUAUUAUUUGUUGUUACAUAAUAUUUACUAAUUAUUAUUUAUGACAUCAUUGAAACUAUUCAUAUAUUACUAAAAUAUAAUUUUUUAUAAUUUUAUCACAUUAGAUUAGAUUUUAAAUUGAUUUAGCUUGAAGGUAGUUGUAUUAAUUUAUUAUCGGGAAAAUUUGGUUAUUGUAAAAAUAUUAAAAUCUGAUACUCUUAGAAAUUAAAAAAAAAUAUUAGUUGUUUUUACUUUAGAUUUUCUUCAACUACAUCAAACUGAAAUGAAAAUCAAAUAAAAAAAAUAUAUAAAUCAUUAUAUUUUCCUUAAUUUUUAAUUUAAUAAUUUUGAGUUUUCUGACAAAAAAGAAUUGUUAGUGGUCUUUUCAACUUAAAACCAAAAAAAUUUAAUAAAAUUUAAUAUAUAAUUUUAGAAAAAAAAGAGAUUACAUUUAUUAUUUCCAGUAAAAAAUAAAAUUUCAAAUAUUUUAUAAAAUUAAAAUAUAUUUUGAUUUAAAAUAAUUUUAGUGUAAAAUCACCCGUCCGUAGGACGGGCCAACCCCUAGUUAAAAAUAAAGCGUCAUUGUCAUUAAUAAUAUGAAAAUUCUUUAGGAUGACCAUAAAAAGUUUUUAUCAUACUUCAAUAGUAAAAAUGACCAAAAUAUUUUAUUAAAUUGGUAAAUACCCUAAAAUUGGUUAAUCUACAAUUAGGUCUAGAAAUGAGCAGUGGGUUUUGGGAGGGUAGAUUUAGGAUUUUUUAAAACAAACAAAUAAAUACUUAAAAUAAAAUUUUGAAAAAUAGUUUCAAAUUUUUUUUUUUUGAAUUUCAAAAAAAAAAUUUGAAAUAAAAUUAUACAAAGUUCAAAUUCAAAAACGUAUAAUUCGAAAACUAUAAAAAAAACAACCGUAGUUAACAGAUUUGGUUGUUGAAGAAAAGAUGUUGUGAAACAAAAAAGGCUAUUGAAUGAAGGAAACAUGAUUCAGAUUGAAACAGUUUCAUUUAAAUAAAUUUCUUUGGAAACCAGAUUUUACAAAACAAAGAAAAAUCAGCACAAGUGGAAGCUAGAGAGCAAUAACAUAUACAAAAGCGAAUCAUAUCUUGGUUUAAACCCAACAACAUUUUCUCUUCAAGCUUUGAAGGUGAGGUAAACACUGAAAUGGUUAUGUUUAGAGCUUUGACCAUUUUUUGGUCUCUUAUUUGGAUUCCCAAGUUGUUUUGUGUGUGUUUGUGUGUUGUGUCUGAUGUUUAAUGAUGGAUGGGAUUAAUGGGUUUACAUAAUGCAGCAUUGUAGGAUUAAGUAAGUGUGAUUGAGAAUGGAGUAGAGUUGUUGUUGCUGUUGAUGUGCUUUAAUUAAGUUUGAGACUCAACUAAACCUCUUAUUUGAGUUAGCUAAUGAUUUGCCAAUUCAUGAUUCUUCUCUUUAUAUAUGUUUCAGCUUAUUUAGAAACAAGUCCACUUCUGUAAAUCAUUCAUGUUCUUAAAAAAAAUAUUUUAUUUAUUCCAAAUUAAUAAAAAUUAAUAAUUGGAUCGACGAUUUUAUAAUUAAUAAUUCUAUUUACUUGCUAAUAUUUGAUUAAUAAAUAAUUCAGCAUCUGUCCUUUAGAAUUCGACCCAUGUUGAUAUCAGCCCAAUAAUAGGCUUGCAAUCUAAAAGUUUUAUUAGCUGUCAUCUUCUUCCUAUUCUUUUCUAGGGUUUCUAAUCCCAUCUUUGUACUUUCCAAUAAGUAAGUACGCUAUAAAUUAAUUAGGGGUAACCUUCUCGUAUUAAUUACAUCACAUCUUUGUCAUCUUGAAUUUGUAGCUCUUUUCGAUUUUGUUUUGUUUUAAUGAAAACACAUUAUUCACAAAAGCAUUAUUUACCAAGUCCAAGGAAGAAUAUUACUCCCUCCGUUCCUAAAAGAUGUAUGUUCUGGAAAAAAAAUUUGUUUCAAAAAGAUACAUUUUUUACCUUUUCAAUGUAUGAUUUUAUGAAAAAUUGUAAGUUUCAAAAAAAUUAAUGGUGUUUAUUGAAUUUCUAUUGGCUAAAAAUUAUGAAAAAUUGUUAUUCACAAAAAACAAUGCAUAUUUAAUGAGUUUUCUUAAUAUAUGUGAAAAGUUUAAAAUAUGCAUCUUUUAAAAACAGAGGGAGUAUCAUUUCAGAAUGUAUUAAUUUUUUUUUCCAAGUAUCUUCAAAUAACAUCUAUGGAACUAUUUUUAACUAAAAAUGAAUGUCAAGUUUGAUUGCAAGUGAGUUUCAAUAACUUUACACAAAUCUCAUAUUGAAUAACAUUUAAUCUGAAAUGCGUUUUUAAAAUCAGUGAUUGAAUAACAUGAUCAGAUUUUAACAAAUUCACAAAAUCUCCUAAAACCCUUAAUUCAAUACACCCCAUCAUCUCUAUAAAUAUAUAUACUUGAUUUCCUCGCAAUUUAUAUGUCCACUGGAUCGUUUUCUGUUGGUUUGGGAGGAUUCUGUGCUUCUGUUUAUAUUUGUAUACAUACGGAAAGUGUUUUUUUAUUGGCUUCAAAAGUUUUUUUUUUUUUUUUGCUAAAACUUGGUACGGCUUCAUGAUAGAUCCCAGUUGCAGGGUUAUCAAUAUUGAUAAAAAAAACACUUGCAAAAGAAUACCUAGAAGUUAGAACACACGUAAAUUCAGGCAAAUUUCUCUGUUUAUUCUUUUUGGCCUUUUCAUUUAUAUAAAUAGCAAACUGGAACUAGUAGUUCCUACAAACAAGGAACCAAAGUUUAAACACGGAAUUGCUUGAUUAUUUGCUGAAACAAAGAAAAAUAACUCAAUCAAAUCAUGCACUCUCGGUACUUUGAGAUCAUGGGGAUAAUUGGAAAGAACUGUAGUUUUAUAUUUUUGCUUUAGAAAUAAAACUGUAGAUUUUUUUUUGCUGUGACUGUGGAUAAUUUUGCUGUAGAAUACUAGCUAAAGAUUCAAUGACUUACAUAUAAAUUUUCUAAAGCAAAAAAUAAAUGCUCUUUUACGAUUUUCCACAGCUAAAAAAAAUAAAGAAAAUAUGUAGUUAUAAAAAAUCUUUACAAAGCAUGAUUGGCAAAAAUUUAGACUGUAUUAAUAAUUUAGGCUGUAGAAAGAUCUUACACCACUUCUGAAGCACUUGCCGAUCAACACUCUUGGUACUUUGAGUUUGGUUUGUUCACUCGGUUUGAUCGCUGGUAUAGCACUGAACCAUUUGGUGACUCAUCAGUUCAAAAGUCGUUAAAGAUUACACGUUAAAAGAUUUAGUGAAUUGUUAAUCAGAUGGCGACGUCAUUCUCUCGAAUAUAAUGGAUCUACCAGUAGAAAACAAGUAAACAAUGUGGCUACCACGUAUAAAACUCUCGUAGACAAUAAACAGUGGCGCGUUGACGUGUACACGGUGUAGGAAAACGGGUAUAUACGUUAAUGUUGCACCAAAUUUUAGCAAAAGAAAAGAAUAUGCGUUAAUGUGUAAGAUUGAGUUGUUAAACACUUAAUUUUUAAAACAGUCGAAUGCAGGCAUUAUCGUGAGUGAUUAUCGCAAUCGCAGCGUAUUGAGAUUAUCGUGACUUUUUGAUUAAGAAACUGUGCUUCAAGCAAUUAAAGUAAAUCAAUGACAUACAGUGCCCUCUAUCUAUAAUAAAUAUAGUGACAAAAAUGUUAUGUGCCUCCGGUCAAAUCUAGUUCUAGAUCCGCCCCUUGCUUGUAUAUUUCUUUUCUGUCAUUAAAACUAAAUAUUAAUUUGGGCUUAAUAUAUUAUUUGGGAGAAAAAGACAAAAUCUGAGAAGAUUCGACUUGGUCAUUAGUACAGCUUGUUUUAUAUGCAAUAGUCGACUUUAUUCAAGUUCUUAACUUCUUCUGGUUCCGGUUUUCACUGAAUUAAUUAAACCAUAAACAUAAAAUAAACACAUUAAAAUAAAUUAUUAUCGUCAUCAGUAGUAAAUGAUAACAACCAUCAAAAUGGAGAGCUCAACGUGACAACAAUCAAAAUGGACAGCUCAACGUGACUCAUGCAUGUUCCAAGCUCGUUGAAACAAUCUCUUUCGUAAAUCUAAACAAGUGUUAGUAUCGCUUGCAAUCUUAUUAUUCUUUCGUAACGGGUUACUCUUUGUACUCGGUUGAUUAAACCAAACUAGUUUAGAAAUAAACUAACCGAUGUUCAAUCUCUCUAUCGAACAACCUCUGAAUCGCUAACCGGUAUUAAAUAAAUACGUCGAAUAGCUUAUUGCUGAUCUCUGAUUUGCUUGUGAGCGUUGAUAAAGAACUCUCGAUCGUGGCUGCAUCUAUACGCCAUUGACUUUGAUAAGUCAUACAUCUUAUUUUCUGUAAUUAAGCUCGUGUUCAAGAUGUAUGCGUAUAUUUCGUAUAGUAUAUAUGUUUUUUCAAACCUUCUGUAUGUCAUUAAGACAUUAACUAAUUAUAAAUCAAUAUGUACAAGUAAAUACGUAAUAUCAGAGAUCUGCGUAUCUUUUGCACGGUUGGCCAAACAAAUAGGUUAAUAUUCUUAAAUUUAGUAAUGUGGCAUGAAAAAUGAUCUGAAAGGGAUAAAUAUGCAUAUUAUUAUCUUUGGUUUCACUAUUUACAAAUUGAAUAAUGCAAGUUGUAGUUUCAUAUACUAAUAUUUAGUGCUAGACUGCUAGGUAUCAGCUCUUUGCAAUCUUUACUAUUGAUAAAAGUUUGUUAAAACCAUACAACUUUUAUAUAACUAUAAAAACAUACAAUAAGGAUAGUAUAUUAUUAUUAACAAUGAAAUAUUACAUUAGUCUAGUAGAAAAUUACAUAUCAAAAUAAAUUAUAUCACAAAAUUUAAAUAAAUACAGAAUUAUUUAUUAUAAUUAUUUUCAUAUUACUCCAGUAUAUAAUCAAUUAAUGCAUUUUGUAAUGAUAAAUGAGUCUUUUUUUAUUUUUAUCUGUAGAUUUCAAAGUAAGUUUGUUCGGUUUAAUAUUGUUUUGUAUAAUAUUUUUAAUGUUAUUAAUAUAUCUUGUAUAAGAAUAAUAUAGUGAGGAUUAAAAUGAUCAACAAAAAGUUAGUAAAAAGGUAUAUAAUUAAAAAAGACUGAAAAUUUUGAAACUUAAAAAUAGUAAAACUUAAUUAUCACUAUUCAAAACUUCCAAGUUUAAAAUGUUUAAGUUGCUUUUCGAGUGUAUAAAACUGAAUAUUUAAAAUCAUGAGAUGCUUUUACGUAAAGAAUUAUACCUUUAUACUUUUAACUAUUCGUCCAAAUAUUUAAAGAAACUACAUGAACGUCAUUCGUAGAAAUAUUACAACGCAUGUACACAUGGAGAAGCUAAUCAAGUGUUUAGUUUGGUCAUUCAUCAUCGAUUUCGCUUAAACAUCAGAAACUAUAUCUCUCUCUAUAUAAUGUUCAAUGACAUAACAAAGAAUUAUAAAACUUUAUAUUUAAAGUCAUGAGAUGCUUUUACCUAAAGAAUUAUACCUUUAUACUUUUGAUUAUUCGUUCAAAUAUUUUAUAUAUCUAAUAAAGAAACUAUAUGAACGUCACGCGUACGGAAUAUUUCAAAGCUUACACGUCUAGAUAAGCUAAUCAAAUGUCUGUUGUGGUCAUAGGUUUCACUCAAACAUAGAGGGAACCAUAUCUCUAUAUAAUGUUUCAAUGAUCUUACAAAGACAACCAAGAGAUUUAUAAAAAGCCAAGUGACUCCCAUUAAACCUCAACAAUGGCGAAAAUGGCUAAAACUGUUACAUUCUCUUCCUUUUCUUCUUUAUCAAACCUUUCAUCUCUUCCUUCUUUCAAUUCUCUUCCUGCUUCUCCACUCAGUACCCAAACCUUUUCUAAGUCCAUGAUGGAGGAAGCCUUAGAGUCCGCAGAAUCAAUCAUCAGGAAAUGGGAUCCUAACUCGCAGUCAUACACCAAGAUCAUCUCUCUGUUCAGACACAGCAGAAAAGAAGCCAAAGAAUUCAUCAGAUGCGUCCGUGACUUACGCAAGGCCAUGCACUUUCUUGUCUCUCAAGACUCCAAAUCUGACAAGCUUGUCCUUGCGCAGAGCCUGAUGCAGAUCGGCAUGUCCACGAUGGAGAAAGAGUUCUUUCAGAUACUGUCUUCUAACCGAGACCAUCUUGAUCCUGACUCAGCCUCUGGUCAGUCCACAAUAUCUAGCAAUUCAGAGUUCGAAGUUUAUAUGGAACAUGAUGAUGAUGAAGAUGAUGAGCUUAAGAAGGCGGGUGAAUCCAUCUCUCAGGUGGAGAAAGCCUCAGCUCUGGUAAUGACAGACUUAAAGGUCAUAGCAGAGACUAUGAUCAGCUGUGGUUAUGGUAAAGAGUGCAUAAAAAGCUAUAAGUUGAUCAGAAAGUCUAUUGUUGAUGAAGGGCUACACUUGCUUGGGAUUGAGAAGGUCAAGACCUCCCAGUUCCAUAAAAUGGACUGGGGAGUCCUCGAGGUUAUGAUCAAGAACUGGAUCAAAGCUGCCAAGAUUGGAGUCACAACACUCUUCAAAGGAGAGAAGCUUCUCUGCGACCAUGUCUUCUCUGCAUCCCUCACGAUAGGACAGUCUUGCUUUAACCAGAUAGCAAAGGAAGCAGGUCUCAAUCUUUUCACGUUGCCUGAACUCGUAUCCCACAAGGAGAAGAAACAGCACCACCAUGAGAGGAUCUUCAAGCUGAUGGAUCUCUAUGCAGCUAUCUCUGACCUUUGGCCAGACAUAGAAAUGAUAUUCAGCUUUGAUUCAUUAGCUUCAGUGAAGACUCUUGUCCUCUCAACGCUCAAGAAACUCAAGGACUCUAUCCACACGUGUCUCAAGGAGUUCGAGACAACGAUACAUAAAGAUUCUUCUAAAGAACUUUCCCCUGAAGGAGGGGUUCACAAGCUGACUCGGACAACGAUGAGUUUCAUAUCAUCGUUGUCCGAAUACAGCCGUGUGUUGUCUGAGAUUCUCGCAGAGCAUCCUCUUAAGAAAAACUCUCGCUUGCUAGAAUCUUACUUCACGGCUCCCAUCUUGGAAGAUGAACACGUCAACAACCAAGUCUGCUCCGUCCAUAUUGCUUGGCUCAUACUUGUUUUCCUAUGCAAGCUAGACACCAAAGCAGAGAGUUACAAUGAUGUGUCUCUCUCUUACAUCUUCCUUGUGAACAACCUUCAGUUUGUUAUUGAUACAGUUCGUUCAAGUCAACUCAAGAACCUCAUAGGAGACGAUUGGCUCACCAAGCACGAGGCAAAACUAAAAAGCUACGCUGAAAAGUACGAGAAAGCAGCUUGGACUAAUGUUUUUGUAUCACUACCUGCGAAAACAAGUGCCAAGCUAUCACCAGAGGAGGCCACUACAUGUUUCAAGAGGUUUCAUGCAGCAUUCGCAGGAGCAUACUUGAAACAAUCAUCAUGUAUUAUAGUGGAUGCUAAGCUUAGGGACGACCUUAAGGUUUCUAUAGCGAGGAAACUUGUACCGGAGUACAGAGAGUUUUACGAGAAGUACUUGCCAAUGCUGAGGCAGGACAGAAACAUAGAGAUGUUGGUGUGUUUUAAGCCUGAUAACUUGGAGAAUUAUCUCUCGGAUCUUUUCCAUGGAACACCAAUGCUCAGUGGCUCUUCUCAUUCUGCUGCUUCUGCUUCUUUGUCUUCUCCAUCUUGUUUCUCAAUUAGAUGUGUUAAACACUAAAUCUCACAGUAAGAAGAUUGUCUCAGAGAGAAUAUGUAUGCAUACAAGUUUCAUGAAUAUUGAUGCACUGCCUUUCUUGUCACUAUUCAGGGCCAGCUCAAUAUUGUUGGGCAAAAAAAUUUA